UCCAAUCACGAAAGAGAAAAUUGACAGCGUCCCUAAAAAUCCCUCCUUCCACAAGUCGUUAAGUAAAUUGCUAGUCAAGCUGGGCGUGGGCGGACUAAGUCACGUGAUGCCAUACCGCCCCAAAACAUGGCGGCCUACAUAGUGUAGUGUAUUCCGCGGUGUCUUUCCGUACAGUGACGUCCAGUUAUCGUUGGGAGACAGAGCGCGGUAGGUGAGGCGGGAGUCUUAGCUAUGCCUCGAGAGAUCAUCACCCUUCAGCUGGGCCAGUGCGGCAACCAGGUUGGAUUUGAAUUCUGGAAACAGCUUUGCGCUGAACACGGCAUCAGCCCAGAAGGUAUUGUUGAAGAAUUUGCCACUGAAGGCACAGAUAGAAAGGAUGUAUUUUUUUAUCAGGCUGAUGAUGAGCAUUACAUCCCCCGAGCUGUACUCUUGGAUUUGGAGCCUCGGGUUAUCCACUCCAUCUUAAAUUCUCCAUAUGCCAACCUCUACAACCCUGAGAACAUAUACCUGUCUGAACAUGGAGGGGGAGCCGGAAACAACUGGGCCAGUGGCUUCUCACAGGGUGAAAAAAUCCAUGAAGAUAUAUUUGACAUAAUUGACAGAGAAGCAGAUGGGAGUGACAGUCUAGAGGGUUUUGUGCUAUGCCACUCAAUAGCUGGUGGAACUGGGUCUGGUUUGGGCUCCUACCUAUUGGAGAGAUUAAAUGACAGAUAUCCCAAGAAGUUGGUUCAGACUUACUCUGUGUUCCCAAAUCAAGAUGAAAUGAGUGACGUGGUGGUGCAGCCUUACAAUUCACUUUUAACUCUCAAGCGAUUGACGCAGAAUGCAGAUUGUGUGGUGGUUUUAGACAAUACUGCUCUGAAUCGAAUUGCUACAGACAGACUUCACAUCCAGAAUCCAUCCUUCUCACAAAUCAAUCAGUUGGUGUCCACAAUUAUGUCUGCAAGCACCACCACGCUUCGAUACCCAGGCUAUAUGAAUAAUGACCUCAUUGGUCUCAUUGCCUCACUCAUCCCUACUCCACGUCUCCACUUCUUAAUGACUGGAUACACACCUCUCACUACAGAUCAGUCGGUGGCCAGUAUAAGAAAGACAACAGUACUUGAUGUCAUGAGACGGUUGUUGCAGCCCAAGAAUGUCAUGGUGUCCACAGGCCGAGACCGUCAAACCAAUCACUGCUACAUAGCAAUAUUGAAUAUCAUACAAGGCGAGGUAGAUCCUACACAGGUGCAUAAGAGUUUACAAAGGAUCAGAGAAAGGAAAUUAGCAAACUUUAUUCCCUGGGGACCUGCCAGUAUCCAGGUUGCCCUGUCAAGAAAGUCACCCUACCUGCCAUCUGCUCACCGUGUCAGUGGGUUAAUGAUGGCCAAUCAUACCAAUAUCUCCUCGCUGUUUGAGAGGACUUGCCGACAGUAUGACAAGCUGAGGAAGCGUGAGGCCUUCUUGGAGCAAUUCCGCAAGGAGGAUAUCUUCAAGGACAACUUUGAUGAGCUAGACAACUCUAGGGAAAUUGUGCAACAACUGAUUGAUGAAUACCAUGCUGCCACACGUCCGGACUAUAUCUCAUGGGGAACCCAGGAUAAGUGAUUUAGUGUGUGAGCAAUAAAUCAUUUUCUAAGCAUGGUGUAUUCCACCUGAAAAGCACCACAGGAUCAGUUGCUCCAGAGCAGAGGUGCUUAAACAUUUUUUUUUUUUUGAGAAUUAUCUAGCGUCUACUGUUUGGAGAUAAAUUGGCCAGUGUUGGUUCUCAAAGUUAUACCACACCAUUAUCACAAACCUAAUCCUGCAUGACAACCUAGGUGAAUUUACUACAGCUGUUGAGUUGCAUUUUAUUUUUAUUAUAGUCCUGUCACUGAUUAUAAGUUAUGCAGGUCAGCAUAGACCUUCUUGCAGGGAAUACUCACUACAGUUAGUCCAUCAAAAUUCAUAGGUAAGACUAGAUGAAAUGUAUCUCAGCGCCCUGAUGUCACUUCUAUAGAGUCUUUAUAUAUGUUUAUACUGAAGACAACAGGUUUAUGAAUUCCCUAUUAAAAAAAAAUCUAAUUUGACAA